CAAUCUGUUCUUUUCUCCUGUCCUUACUUGAACUUCUCUUCCAUCACCGACUCGUGACCAGGUCAUAUAUGAGCUGUGUGUUGCUGUGCAAGAGCGGGACAAUCAAAUCAAGAUGCUGACAGAGCAAGUGGAGUAGUAUACGGGGGAGAUGGAGAGAAAUGCUCUGCUCAUAGAGGAACUCAAGAAUCCCCUGAAGAAAGACAGAGGUCUGGAGCCCCAAGAGGAAGUGGAUCUGACGGAAUUCAGAAAAACCGAAUCCCUGAAACAGCGGCAGUUCAAAGCAGAGAACCAGGUUCUCACCAAAGAGAUCAAACAACUGGAAGAGGAGAUACUUGAACUGAAGAAACAAAUCAGAGGAAUGGUAAAGGACAAAGGUAAAUACCAGAGGUGGGACCAAGUCACCUAUCAUUCGAGUCACAAGCAAGUCUCAAGUCACAAGGUCCGAGUUUCAAGUCAAGUCCCAAGUAAUCUGCCCAGCAACAACUACACCUGCCAACAGGAGCGCCUGGGGGCUGGGACCAGCCUGUGCGCCAACGAUGGGUUGAGUGAGUCUAGACCUCGCUCAGCCUCUACUCUGACAGGCCAGCUCAGAAGYGGGAACUAA